AAUAAUAAUAGCGAUAAUUCGCCGUUGCGUUUUUAUUUCAAUUAUACAAGUUGCCUUAGCUUUGUAUAAACCGAGUUUGCUUGCAUCCCUUGACAAAGAUAAAAGAAUGAUAUAGAUAAGAGAUGGUCACCUAUAGACACUAGAUGUCGGAACCAGAUAUGCCACAAUUGUACAAAUUCAAUAAUUGUGCAGAUACCACAUCUUAGAUUUUUACUUUUUUAUUAUUACAUUUAUUUGAUUUACAACUGCAAAUAUUGUAUUAAGUAAAUAUAUGUUGAAUUUAUCAUUUGAGGCUCUUGUAACAGAAGUCACUCAUGAGAAGGACUCGGGGACACUUUCGCUUUAAUCGGCUUGGAGGAUUUUCAGGUGUUGGCCUAGGAAGUUUAGACAAUGACCAAGAAAAGGCAGAAAGCAGAAACACUUUGGUUCAUGCACAAUGAAGUUUUUCUUAAAUUUCCCUUUGGAACAGUUGUUUUUUAACUUUGAAAUGAAUAUUAUGCUUGGAUAAAAUAUAACAAAAGCUAUGAGCAUAUUCUCUGGAGUUUUUCAAGAAAAAGAAUUGUGCGGUAUCCAAAUUGAUAAAUUUGAAUUGAAUUCAAACUCUAAGCCUAAAAUAUUUUUCCUGACACACUACCAUUCAGAUCACAUUGUUGGAUUAAAUGAUUUGAAUUACAUUAAUUACUUCAAUGAAAAUGAUGACGUAUAUUUGUACUGUUCCGAAAUCACAAAGAAACUAAUUAAAAAAAACAUUGUAUUAAAUGAAAAACGAAUAAUUAUCCAUGAAGAAGGAGCUGUUGUGAUUUGCCCUAAUGAUGAAUGGAUCAAAGUCACUGCCCUGAGAGCUGGCCAUUGUCCAGGGUCUUUAAUGUAUCUCUUUGAAUCGAAUAUUUCUAAUGUUUUAUUCACUGGGGAUUUUCGUUUGUCUAUGAGGGAUGUAAAGUUAUGCAAAUCCCUGAAAUCGAUAAAGCUUGAUAAAAUAUACUUGGAUACAACUUUCGCUAGCCCUUCUUAUCCCUCAUUUCCAACUAGAGAAGAGUCUUUUAAAUGUAUUUUGAAGUUGAUAACAAAUAAAGAACAAGAAGGAAACAGCGUACUAUUUAUUAUUAAACUAAGUGCAAAUGUUGGUCAAGAGUUUCUUAUGGUUAAAAUUUAUGAAGCGCUAGGAAGGAAAAUUUAUAUAGAGGAAAAAGUUGCGAUGAAUUACACAUCAAGCAUUAAACAGUUGGUAAAUGUUGUUACACCAAAUCCACAAGAAACAAAUAUCCAUUUUUAUUUUUCUGAGAACCUCAUUCAAGAGAAAGCAAGAAAAGUAGUUAAUGCAGUCAUAAUAAAACCUACAGCACAGUGGUUUCACAGAGAUAAUUUAAUAAAUGGGCCACUUCAAAAAGAUUAUUCGAUCUGGCGAGUCGCUUAUUCAUCUCAUUCAAGCCUUGAAGAACUGUCUGAAUUUGUGAAAUAUCUCAAACCAGCAGAAAUUGUUCCGAUUGCUUUCGCCAAUAAAGUACGCAUAGGAAAAAUUGGGUACACAUUUGAAAAAAUGACUGUUGACGAGAUGCUGACAGAAAUACAAUGUAAUAAUAGCCUGCAUAAAUGUAUUAGAAAAAGAGAACAUGAGAAUCCCUUACCAAAUUUCAAAAUUGCCAAAAAAUUAAAAGUAGGAUGGGAAGAAGAACUAAAAAUAAUGAAUGAAUUAGGAGAGCUAAUAGUGCUUUAAAUUUUUUAUUUCUAAAUUUAUAAAGUAUAAAUGUAGUUCAAUAAUAAAUUAUUUUAAUUUCAUUGUUCUGUGCUGUUACCAAUGACAGAACUUCAGAGUACUGAUCAGAAAGAUUAUAAAUAUUGAACUAGAUAAAUAUUUUUUGUUAUGAUGUCUUUUUAGUAAAUACUCUAAUAAUAAAAAAAUUAAAUUAAAUAUUAUGAUUAAAUGAAAUAGGAGGACAGGAAUUUAUAAUAAAGGAAUAAAAAAUUUAAUACAUUUGAUAAUGUAUGUGAUAUAUUAAUAUGAAUUAUGCAGUAUACCAAAUAUGAAUAUGAAGUAUGAUUCAUAAAUAUAAAAUAACUUUCUUGUUAAGAUCUACACAGAUCUGUUAAGCCAAACAAAUAAAUUAGUUAGUUAUAGGAGCAUAGAAAACCCAUCACUGAAGAAAACAAUGAGUACAGGUGAACUGAAUUUGAUUGAAAAUAGCCAAGCUAAAUGUAAAAAUACUCAUAAAACUGUUGUGGUUAUAAUAUGUAUUACCUCACAAUAGGCUGCUUUUUAAAAGAUUUAACACAUUUUUUAAUUGUAGUUUUUAUUCUACAAUAAAAACUUUAUUAAUUAUAAA